UGCAAUGGAAUCCAUGCUCACACCACAAUCCAUACUUUUUUCAGAAAUGGUUGGCAGAUUCAUUUCUAUGUUUUUGAAAGACCAGGACUUUGGACACGUCGACCGAGUGUUCAUAAUACGCUGUUGGAAGGACCUUGCUACUAAAUGGAUUGUUGUUGAUUACCAAAGUAAUGUUCACCAUGUUACUUACAACAUGGAUAUUCACACUCCAAUGAUUACCCAAGGCUGGAACCAACUAAGAUCUUUCUAUGGAGAUCAUCAACUCUCUGCAGAGGAUCACCCUGAAUUGUUUUUUGAAAUUGAAAGUGAAAGAACAAGCAGAGAUAUCAAAGUUCUUUAUCCAUUUUUUUUGUAUUAA